AUGGCAGAUGCAACACAUGACCCUUCGGAAACCAACACAUCCCGUCAGCUGUCAACAACAGUACAGGACCUGCGAGACAACCGCCUCGCCAUUAGCUCGAAGAAGGGCUAUCGCAGUGGUGUUAACCAGAUCGUGGCUUGGCUUCGAGAGUCCGGCAGCUCACACAUAGUGAACACCGACGGCACAAUUAACCUAGCCAUCUUUGACUACGCAGACUUCACCGAAUUUGUCCUUUACAAGUACAAGAUUGCCAAGGUUUCAAUUCAAACCCUUUCAGGUUAUCGUUCGGCGAUCAAGGACUACUACAAAAGACACAACGUGGGGGAGAAUAUGAUGUGA